CGCAGUGCCUCACAAACGAAGAAUCUCCACCUUGACAACUUCCUGUAGAGCAGUAACAUGUGAGAAAACGUGCCUUAUUGCUAUCGCACUGUUUACAGACAUUCAUAUGACAAGAUUUUUAAUGUUAUCGCGACUUGUAUAUAACAAUAUCUGCCAGAGUCUGUAAUCAAGGGCGCUGUUUUAGAGACGUUUGCUGGCUGUGAAGAACAGUCGAGCUGAACUCGUGUUGAAAAUGCCCGCAGUCACUUUAUUUGUCAGGAGAUUACCUGCAACAGCCACCAAUGAAAACCUGGCUGAGGUUUUCUCUGAAGUAGGACCGCUGAAGAAUUGCUUUGUUGUCAGGGACAGAGAGACUGAAAAAUGUCGUGGCUUUGGAUAUGUUACAUUCUCAAUGGAAGAUGAUGCACAGCAGGCCAUAAAAGAAGUCAGAGAGUAUGAAGGCGAGAAUAUAUUUGUAACUGUGGCCAAGAAAAAGCCCGAUAAUAAGAAAAAGAAGAAGAAAGUAAAAACAGAAGGAGAUUCAGAAGAUAAAAAGAAUCCAAAGCAUGAACCAACAGAAACCAAAAGUCCUGCAAAGAGUACAGGCAUAAAGAAGAACAAACUGAAAGCUCGACUGAUCAUCAGAAAUCUCAGUUUUAAGUGUGAAGAAGAUGAUUUAAAACAGAUCUUCUCUGAGUUUGGAACCGUGAUGGAUGCCAAGAUUCCCUUAAAACCAGAUGGAAAGAAGCGAGGUUUUGCAUUUGUGCAGUUUAAGAAUAUGGCAGAAGCUGGAAAAGCUCUGGCUGCGAUGAACCUGAAGGAGAUCAAAGACAGACAGGUGGCUGUGGACUGGGCCAUUGCAAAAGACAAGUAUCUCGCCAACCAAUCAGCGGGAGCAGCUGGAACCAUCAAAGAAGAGAAUAAAGGUGCAGGAGCUGAUGGGAAAGAAAAAGAGGCCAAGAAAAAGCCCACAUUACAGGAAGAAAAAGAUGACUCUGAGUCAGAAGAAGAAGAGGCAUCCGAGGAUGAUGAUGAUGAAGCCAAUAGUAGUGAAGAGGAUGAUGCCGAAAAUGACUCUGAAUCUCAGCAGACAGACAGUGAUGCCAGUGAACCUGAAGACGACGAAAAAGACGACUACGAUGAUGAUGACUCCGAUGACACUGAGGGAAAAACUCCUCCAAAGAAGAAGAGAGACCCUCUUCCUUCAGAUGUGAAUGAGGGAAGAACCAUCUUCAUCAGAAAUCUGGCCUUUGACACAGACGAAGAGGGUUUGGAAGAAGUGUUGUUGCAGUUUGGUGAGCUAAAAUACGUUCGUGUGGUGAUGAGCGUAGACACAGGAUAUUCAAAAGGUUGUGCUUUUGCUCAGUUCAAAAGUAAAGAAGCGGCAGACAAAUGUAUCACUGCUGCUGCUGAAGAUGAAAAAGAGUUUGGUGGCAUAAGGGUUGAUGGCAGGAGAUUGAACGUUUUGCCUGCAGUAAACAGAGAAGACGCUGUCAAAUUCAAGGACAAGAAAGUGAAAACUCACACAGGCUCCAGGAACCUUUACCUCGCCAGAGAGGGCUUGAUUCGUCCUGGAUCCAAGUCUGCAGAGGGAGUUUCAGAAACUGACUUGGCCAAGAGGACAAGAUUUGAGGAGCUGAAAAGGGCAAAGUUAAAGGACAUGAACAUUUAUGUGUCUAAAACACGGUUGUGUGUUCAUAACCUGCCUAAGAAUGUGGAUCAACAGAAACUUCAGAAGCUCUGCCUCUCUGCUGCUGGUGGUAAAGGGGUCCGCAUUACUGAGUGUCGUGUGAUGUAUGACAAGAAGCCUAUUCGUGGUCAGGUGAUCGGCAAGUCUCUGGGAUAUGGCUUUGUGGCGUUUAAAGAGCAUGAGCAUGCUCUACAAGCCCUACGUCACCUCAACAACAACCCAGACAUCUUUGGACCCCAAAAGAGACCCAUAGUGGAGUUCUCUCUGGAGGAUGGAAGGAAGCUGAAACUUAAAGCCAUUCGUUUGGAAAACAGCAAGAAGCAACUCAGAAAAGGCAGUAGCCAAAAAGAAGAGCAACUGCCGCAGCAGCAGCAGCAUUCUGGGAAGAAGAAAGGACCCUUGAGGAAAGGAAAUGCAGCUAAUGUUGUUAAACAGGAGAAGGAACAAGGAAGCCAGUACAGCGGCUUUAUGACCAAACCAGAGGUGGAGCAUGUAGAAAUGAAGGACGGCAAAAAACGGCCCAAGGUUCUGCACAUGCCUUCACACAGAGGCCCAAAGAUCAGGAAACGCGAUAAAGAGAAACAACCCAUGGUACAACCCAAGAAACAGAAGAAAGUGCCCAGCAGGAAAGAGAGAAAGGGGCCUACUUUCAUUGAGAAAUCCAGCACGAACAGGAAACCGGUAAGCCAAAGAGUUGGGAGAGAGAGAGAAAUUAUAU